GGGGCAGGACUUCCGCCGGAAAUAGGGCGGUCUGGGAAAUCUCAGAGCGGAGUUCCGGCGGGUCUCACCCCAGUGGGCACGGGCGGAGAUGGCUUGCGCCGCGGCGCGGUCCCCGGCCGACCAGGACAGGUUUAUUUGUAUAUACCCUGCCUAUUUAAAUAACAAGAAGACCAUCGCGGAGGGCAGGCGAAUCCCCAUAAGCAAGGCUGUUGAAAAUCCUACAGCUACAGAGAUUCAAGAUGUGUGCUCAGCAGUUGGACUUAAUGCAUUUCUUGAGAAAAACAAAAUGUACUCCAGAGAGUGGAAUCGUGAUGCUCAGUACAGGGGCAGAGUCCGCGUUCAACUCAAACAGGAAGAUGGCAGCCUCUGUCUUGUACAAUUCCCAUCACGUAAGUCAGUAAUGUUGUAUGCAGCGGAAAUGAUUCCUAAGCUAAAAACAAGGACACAAAAAACAGGAGGUAGUGACCAAACUCUUCAGCAAGGAGAGGGAAGUAAAAAAGGGAAAGGAAAGAAGAAGAAGUGACCUGGCAAGACAACCAAGUCUGACAUACUACUGUAAGAGACAUGGAUGGAGGUUUCUGAUUUGUAUCUGAGAGAAACUGAAGCUUUUUGUUUGUAUCAUUUAACUGAACUAUGAACAUUUGUGCCUCCCAGCUUUAGCAUGAGAGUUGACAAUGAAAUAAAUUUACAUCAGAAGUUUGCAUCUAGCUCUUACGCAGUAUUAAAUAAAUUUUUUUUUGCCUUUCAGUGCAGUUUUUGUGGAAGAAAGAAGUUUAUUUUUAAAUGGACAAUGGCCUCUACCAUAAGUUACUUGAAAUUCUGUAUCUGUGCUCUAUGUAAAAAUAUUCAGACAAAUGAGUUUAAUAAGAUUUGAAACAUACUGUUCACCUUUUAAGCUAAUGAAAUAAAAUUCAAAACUGACUGUGUA